AUGAUGUCCUUCAAGAGGGCUCUCAUUUUUGCCGUAUUCUUUCUGACCGCGUUUAUCCUCCUCCGACGGUCGCAUACUUCUGCCGAUCCUGAACCGUUCCCCAAGCCUCCGCCGAAACCUGCCGACUCUGACGAUAGCGAUGGGCCGUCCCACAAUCCAUCCACCACAUCCUACACUCCUGAAGACGUUCCCGCCGCGAAGAACCAGCAUGUCCCUGCGCAGAAGGCAAUUCAGGAUAUGUCUAAGAUGUCGCUGUAUGACAAAUUAGCAUAUCAAUACCCUUACGAUGUCGAGACCAAGUUCCCCGCCUACAUCUGGCAAACGUGGAAGUGGACGCCUGCGAAUGGCGAGUUCGCAUUUCGAGACCAGGAGGCGUCAUGGUCACAACAGCACCCGGGCUUUGUUCACGAGGUCAUCACUGAUCAGGUCGCCGUGCACCUCCUCAGGCUACUCUACGCCUCGAUUCCCGAGAUCCUCGAGGCCUACGACGUCCUACCCCAACCCGUCCUCAAAGCCGACUUCUUCCGAUACCUCAUCCUGCUCGCUCGCGGUGGAAUAUACUCCGACAUAGACACGUAUGCCAUCAGAAGCGCCCUGGAGUGGUUGCCAGAUUCCGUGCCCAGGGAGAGUGUUGGGCUGGUGGUCGGCAUCGAAGCCGAUCCGGACCGGCCCGACUGGAAGGAUUGGUAUAGUAGACGCAUCCAAUUUUGCCAGUGGACAAUUCAGGCGAAGCCAGGUCACCCGAUCCUGCGUGACAUCGUGUCGCGUAUCACCCAGGAAACUUUAAAGAGAAAGCGCGAGGGUCUGUUCGUAUCGAAGGAGAAGAGUGUGGUGGAGUUUACUGGUCCGGCCGUCUGGACAGAUGUCAUAUUUGAUUACUUCAACGAUCAACGUUAUUUCGACAUGAGGCAUAGUCAGGGCAACAUCUCGUAUUUGAACUUCACCGGUAUUGAGAGCCCCAAGAAGGUUGGCGACGUUGUCGUCCUUCCGAUCACCAGCUUCUCGCCUGGCGUGCAGCAGAUGGGAGCCAAAGACUACGAUGAUCCUAUGGCGUUUGUCAAGCAUGAUUUUGAAGGAACAUGGAAGCCCGAAAAUUCCUUAAGCGAGCUCGAGGUCGAGGUCGUUUUCGGUCCCCCGUAUCUCGCCCAGACGGUACCUGAGCACCUUGCCCAGAUAGUAUCUCAGUAUGGUGACCUUCCGGCGGCCAUCUUCCGGUCUCCGACAAACGUGGACUCAUCUUUAUCUUCGUCCCCCUUGCUCGGCAGGAUCCUACCGGUGACGACGACGCUGACGUACGAGGCCCUCGACGUGCAAUCCAAUGGCCUUGCACACGCGCUGAGGUCUCUCGGCGUGAAGAAAGGAGACCGGGUUGCUGUCAGCCUGGGCAACGUCCCCGAGCAUGUCGUGCUGGCCUAUGCGUUGUUUAAGCUGGGUGCUAUUUUGGUCCCGCUCAACCCGACUUUCAAUGCCAAUCAGCUGGGCUCUGCGUUAUCUCGCCUAGCCGUCGAGGUCCUGAUCAUAGGUGCCGUUACAGACUUGGCUUAUAAGCCGUGCCGUGGGCGUGGUAACGUAGAUAUCCUAUCAGCGCUCGCGCCCACUUUAGGUGGUACUAAGAUCGAGUCACCCACCGUCCCUACGCUUAGGAAUAUUGUUGUCGUUGAUAACACACCCUCGCACCCCGAAGCCAUCUUCCCCGCUCUGGCAGGUCUGCGCGCGUUGACACCGUAUACUGCUCUCCUCCCCGUCUCUUCUUCGUUUUCGUCGUCCCACGCUCCGACUCCGGACUCACCGCUCGCUCCGGACGAGGUCAUCAACAUACAGUUUACGUCCGGCACAACAUCGUCCCCCAAAGCCGCGAUGCUGAGCCACGAGACGAUUCUCAACAAUGGGCGUCUGGUCGGGUGGCGCAUGGGGCUCGUCGCAGAUUCUUCCACCGGCGUUGCCGAUCGUAUCGUGUGCCCCCCGCCGCUGUUCCAUUGCUUCGGCUCUGUGCUCGGACUCAUGGCGACUGCAACGACGGGCGCCGCUAUCAUCUUCCCUAGCCCGGCUUUCUGCCCCGCUGCCGCGCUACGCGCAGCAGCUGAGCAUCGCGCGACGGGUCUCCACGGCGUACCAACCAUGUUUGCGGCUGAGCUAGAUCUCCUUGCGAAACCCGCUUUCGCAGCCAGAUUGCCGUAUGAAGGCAAGGAGCUGGCACGGCAUUUGAAAAAGGGGAUUGCGGCGGGCAGCCCUGUGCCGGAACCGCUGAUGCAUCGGUUGAACGAGAAGCUAGGUUUGAGCGAUCUCGUCAUCUGCUACGGCAUGACCGAGACAGGGCCUGUCGUCGCGCCGGGGGAUCGGGGUCGGGUUGUGCCACUUGGCGAGCGCGGCGAGCUAGCAGUGAGCGGGUAUCUCGUUAUGAAAGGGUACUACGGGCAAGCCGCAACGUCGGACCUUGUCUUCGAAGAGGAACCAACGGGCGAGGAGACUGACGAGAGAAGCGGGAAACGAGGGAGGUGGUGGAUGCACAGCGGCGACGAGGCGGUCAUGGAUGCUGAUGGAUUCGUCAAGAUCACAGGGCGCAUCAAAGACCUGAUCAUCCGGGGCGGUGAGAACAUAAACCCGUUUGAGGUCGAGACUGCGCUCAUGAAGCACGAGCUCGUACGCGAGGCGAGCGUCGUCGGCGUCCCAGAUGAGCGGUACGGGGAGGAGGUCAGCGCGUUCGUCACAGUACACGGCGGCGUAGAGACAGUAGACACCAAUGACGACAAGGAAGGUACCGGAGGGGGACGAAGGGCGGAGGGAAUCGAGCAGGACUGGGUUCUGUCGAAGGAAGAGCUUAGGGAAUGGGUCCGACGUCACCUCUCAAAUCAUCUCGUUCCUAAGCACGUCUUCUGGGUCGACGAGCUUCCCAAGACAGCAAGCGGGAAGAUCCAAAAGUUCAAAUUGAGAGAUAUGGCUAAAGAACUUGCCGCCUUUGUGGCCCGGUAG